AAUAGACAUAAACAUACUCCUUGCUUUCGACUCCCACUAGCCGUGACGCCAUGUCCGAGUCCGAAAUUCAGAUCAAUAUCAAAGGUCCCAGCGAGCUCAAGCUCCAAAUCACAAUAGCCACCGACAAGACAGUCUUGGAUCUCAAGCAAGCGAUCGCUGAGAAAUCUGAUGUGCCUGCGGACCGGCAGAGACUGAUAUACUCAGGGCGUGUAUUGAAAGACGAAGAUGUAUUAUCAGUGUAUAAGAUCCAAUCAGCCCAUACCAUUCAUAUGGUCAAGGGCGCAGCCCGCCCCAGCGCUUCAUCAAGUUCGACACCGCAGCCUCUUCCAACGAUGCAGGCCGGCCAGAACCCUCACGAUCCCCUCACGCAACUCAAUGGCCACCAAGGGUAUGGACUUAUGGCCGGUCUCAAUCCGUUUGCAGAGAUGGGUCUGAAUCCCAAUGAUCCCAAUAUGCUCCAAGGCAUGCUCAACAACCCGCAAUUCCUACAGCAAAUGUCAAGUGUUAUGUCUAACCCCGCCGUCCUCGACCAAGUCAUCGCCUCCAACCCCCAACUUGCCGCUAUGGGCCCUCAAGUACGCGAGGUCUUUCAAAGUGAACGUUUCCGUGAGAUGAUGUCUAACCCUGAGAUGCUGCGCAUGAUGCUCCAAAUGUCGAGCGCGAUGCAUGGUGGUGGAGGUGCUGCCAGUAGCUUCCCCGCUCCAGGUCUCCCGUCCACUGGUCAGCAACCCCAGGGUCAACAGUCUCCUGGAUCUGCCCCUACCAGUCCUGGAACCGGGGGCGCUCAACCCCAACUCCCAUUCAACCCAUUCUUCGGAUUCGGCGCUCCUCCAGCUGGAACAGCCACCGGUGGAGGUGCAGGAGGUGGUGCUCCCAGCCCCUUUGGUACGGUGGACCCUGCGAUGAUGCAGCAGAUGAUGGGUGCAUUUGGCGGUGGCGGGCUCGGUGGCGAGCUAGGUGCUGGUGCCUUUGGCGGCCCCGCCCCUGCACCUCCCGCCGAUGCAAGACCCCCUGAAGAGCGAUUCCAGGUGCAACUUCAACAACUGCAAGAUAUGGGGUUCACAAAUGCGUCUCAGAAUAUCCGUGCCCUUCUCGCAACGGGCGGAAACGUUAGUUCAGCGAUUGAAUACAUACUAGGUGGCGGCGGUUUGUAGUGUAUCUCCACAUUUCUGAUAGAAGCAUACGAUCCAGAUGUAUACUAUGUAUAGUGCCUUGUUGUCAUGCAGUUUAGAAGGAAAACCUAUCAGAUACGGACGGAUACAGUUCUUAACGAAGAUAUAUGUCUGAGAGAACGGAUGCCGUGAAUCAGGAAGUCCAUGUGAUUAAGUCAGGUACGUCUAUGAAGUGUUAAGGAUACAAUAGCCAGGUAUAAGACUGACGGGAGUUAUUAAGUAUUCAAUGCAAAGAUGUAAUGAUAGCGAGAGGUGAGCCCUAGCCUGAGUCUGUCGAAUCGGUGUUGAGCUUUAUACGCUUGCUGGCAUCAUCAUUCGGUUCUGGACUUCGUUCCGAUGUCGUGCGUUUGCUUGAUGUAGGAGGUUCCUCUGUAGCUGCAGAUUGCAUAUUGACGUCUAUAAUCCAACUGUAUAAGAGAAUGAUCUCUUGCGAUCGGG